AUGAAUGAGUUCAUGGCCGUGGACACAAGCGGAGAAUUCAUUCGUCAUCUUUGCAUCGAGGAAGGGCGCGCAAUAUGUGCAGGCGCCACUUCCCGCAACAAAAGACCGACCGAAGGGAGCCCCCACAGCGAAGAUAUGUUGGUUGUCGAAGGAAUGCUUCGUGGGCGACCACAAACUCGUUUCCAUGCUUUGUUCGACGGAUACCAAGGAAGCGAUGUUGCUAAGUGGCUCGCGGAGCAUUUGGCGACCUAUCUGAACGAUAUCAGAGACGUCAAUGCAGAUGAGAUUUCGACGCAAUUCGCGAGAAUGGAUAGAGACUUGAGAGCUGCAGAUGUGUCCGGCGGAUCGUCAGGUCAGUCCUCAGGUGUAGGUCCUUGGUACGGAGGAUUUUCUGUGCCGCUGCGCGUGAGGCGAUUCAAUUUCCCUGACAACUGCGAAUUUGCGAGGCAAGUGCUAAGGCUCAUGCGCUCCUCUGUGCCAGCCUGCUCUACAUGGGAGGGAUCGGGAAGUGGUUCAACUCUUGAAUUGAUCCCAAUCCGGAUACGUGAUAUCUCCCCGUUUUCAUGUCUGUUGUAUUGCUUGUGUUCGCCUGAAGCUCUAUUACUUUUUAUUGAAUAUCAAAAAAACCCAGGUGUGGUCGAGGCAGCCGGGAGGCAAAUAAUCCCGCAGGGCGCGCUAGAGUUUAUCACGGUGGCAGAGGCUGAAGGAGGUCCAUUGCUGUCAUCGGUAAAAUCUGGCAAACGCAUCUAUCCCAUGACGUAUCCUCACACUGCCGAGUCCAAAUUCGAAAGAGCGCGAGUGCAGUCGGCGGGAGGUACAUUCUCUUUGGUUAAUGGCGAGAUGGUGUUAGGGGACGGUAUCCCGGUCACGCGGGCGUUCGGCAGUUACGAAUUCAAGAAAGAAGAAGGCGGGGGGGCACGUCAAAGUGAUGUAAUCAGUGCAGUUCCAGAUGUCAAUGUGUUCUUUGCAUAUCCUGGAGACUCCAUCAUCGCGGGUACUCAAGGCGCAUUCGCUCAUACGAGAACACGUGGGACGCUGCGGAGUCAACUUGAAAGCUACAAAAUCACGCGAGAAACAGUUGUCGACGUAGCAAAGGCAAUGGUGGUGCACGCCAAAGUGAGGAAGGUAGCCAUGAACAUCAGUACCUUCGUGGGAUACCUACCCGAUUACAAACUAAAGACUCGAAUGAUGAAAGAAGGCACUUCAGAUCAGAAAGGCGACGAAUACUUCUCCAUAGACAGGACAACAGAGCUUUCUGCGGCGCUCCGAAAGGGAACUUUUUCUUUCUUGUUGCAUUGCCCUUGA